CUGCAGCCUACUCCUUGCCAUCCACCACACACCCUCACCGAACCAGUGGCCACCACCAUGACAAGGGACCAGAAUGGAACCUGGGAGAUGGAGAGUAAUGAAAACUUUGAGGGCUACAUGAAGGCCCUGGAUAUUGAUUUUGCCACCCGCAAGAUUGCAAUACAUCUCACUCAGACGAAGGUUAUUGAUCAAGAUGGUGAUAACUUCAAGACAAAAACCACUAGCACAUUCCGCAACUAUGAUGUGGAUUUCACUGUUGGAGUAGAGUUUGACGAGUACACAAAGGGCCUGGAUAAGCGGCAUGUUAAGGCACUGGUCACCUGGGAAGGUGAUGUCCUUGUGUGUGUGCAAAAGGGGGAGAAGGAGAACCGCGGCUGGAAGCAGUGGAUUGAGGGGGACAAGCUGUACCUGGAGCUGACCUGUGGUGACCAGGUGUGCCGUCAAGUGUUCAAAAAGAAAUGAUGGCGACGCGGGAGGCCUGCCAAGCACAAGCUCCCCACUGCCCACACUGAGUGGUCUACUGGCUUUGAGAAGCAGCUGUGGGGACCUUCCCACUCUUGACAGAGCCCCAUUAAGGCAUCUGGGUGGGUUUUAAACAGAAUGCGUAUGUAGCAGUGAUAGACAUAUUCCUCUCCUUUGAAACCUAGCAUUAAAUGGAAAAACAAAAAUUACUCCCAUAUUUUGAAACCCUUUA